AUGACAGUCUCCAAAUCAUCCUCUCUUCUCAUCAUCGGCGCCGGCACCUGGGGCUCAUCGACUGCCCUCCAUCUAGCACGCCGGGGAUACACAAACGUAACCGUUCUCGACCCCUACCCAGUCCCGUCUGCCAUCUCCGCCGGCAACGAUGUCAACAAAAUCAUCUCCUCGGGCCAAUACAGCACUAACAAAGAUGAAAUCGAGAUCAAUGACCUCCUGGCUCGACAAGCCUUUGAAGGCUGGAACAAUGAUUCGCUAUUCAAACCAUACUACCACGACACAGGUCUGCUCAUGUCCGCUUCCACAUCAGCUGGAUUGGACAGAUUAGGCGUCAAGGUGAGACCGGAAGAUGAUUCGAAUUUGGUCGAGUUGUCAAAACCAGAGGAUUUUCGGCAAUUGGCGCCGUCGGGGGUGUUGAGGGGUGAUUUCCCGAACUGGAGAGGGUAUUUUCAUCGUUCGGGUGCGGGAUGGGCUCAUGCAAGGAAUGCACUAGUUGCUGCUGUGAAGGAGGCGCAGAGACUUGGUGUGAAGUUCGUCACGGGCAUGCCGCAGGGGAAGGUUAUUACGCUUAUUUUCGAGAACAACGAUGUCAAGGGCGCUGUCACGGCGGACGGGAAUAUCUGGCGUGCGGAGCAGACGUUUAUGUGUGCUGGUGCGAGUGCUGGCCAGUUCUUGGAUUUCCAGCAACAACUACGUCCGACUGCGUGGACAUUGGUUCACAUCGCGUUGAGUCCGGAGGAGAGGGCUCUUUACAAGAAUCUUCCGGUUGUAUUUAAUAUUGAGAAAGGUUUCUUCUUCGAGCCGGAUGAAGAAAACGGAGAGAUCAAGAUCUGCGAUGAACAUCCCGGGUAUACCAACAUGAAGAAAUCGGCCGACGGGACGCUCCAAAGCAUCCCCUUUGAGAGGACCCAGGUGCCUAAGGAGUCUGAAGCGAGAGUCAGAGCUCUUCUAUCGGAGACUAUGCCCCAGCUGGCAAAUCGGCCGUUCAGCUUUGCUAGAAUUUGCUGGUGCGCUGAUACGCCGAAUCGUGAAUUCAUCAUUGACCGUCAUCCUCAUCAUCCUUCUUUGAUUUUGGGUUGUGGUGCUUCUGGGAGAGGCUUCAAAUACCUUCCCUCAAUCGGAGGUAUCAUUGUCGACGCCCUGGAAGGCAAGGUCCCUCAGAAGAUCCACGACCUUGUCAAGUGGGACCCGGAAAUUGGCAAAAACAGAAACUGGAAAGAUACUUUGGGGAGAUUCGGUGGGCCCAACAGGGUUAUGGACUUCCACGACGUCAAGGAAUGGACGAAUAUCAAACCCAGAGAUAUCUCCAAACUGUAA